GUGUGGUGAUUGGUGCAGCUCCCCUCGGGCCUGCCCCCUGCUCCAGUUCCGCUUCAGUCCAGCACCUUGCGCGGACGGUAAACACGUACCGGAGGUAGCAGCCGUUUCUCAGCAUCGUCACGCCACCAGCAUCAUGGCUUUGACCGCAGACCCGAACUUCCAGAAGCUGGAGCAGUGGUACCGUUCUAACGGCGGUAGUCUGAAUAUGAGGGCGAUGUUUGACAGCGACCCGGAGCGGUUCCGGAAGUUCAGCACCACCCUGAACACGGAGGACGGAGACAUUCUGCUGGACUUUUCCAAGAACCUCAUCAACCAGGAUGUGAUGUCCAUGCUGCUGGCCUUGGCCAAGUCCAGAGGGGUGGAGCAGGCCAGAGAGAAGAUGUUCUCUGGGGAGAAGAUCAACUUCACUGAGAACCGAUCUGUGCUUCAUGUGGCUUUGAGGAACCGAUCAAACUCACCCAUCCUUGUUGAUGGAAAAGACGUGAUGCCAGAUGUCAACGGAGUUUUGGACAAAAUGAAGGCCUUCUGUCAGAAAGUGCGCAGUGGUGAAUGGAAAGGGUUCAGUGGAAAGAGCAUCAUGGACGUGGUGAACAUCGGCAUUGGAGGCUCUGACCUGGGACCUCUGAUGGUGACUGAAGCUCUGAAGCCCUACUCAGCUGGUGGUCCAAACGUCUGGUUCGUCUCCAACAUUGAUGGGACUCACCUAGCUAAGACUCUGGCCCGGCUCAACCCGGAGACCACGCUGUUCAUCGUUGCUUCUAAGACGUUCACCACCCAGGAGACCAUCACCAACGCCGAGUCGGCUAAGGACUGGUUCCUGCAGACGGCAGCUGAUAAAUCUGCAGUGGCCAAACACUUUGUGGCUCUCUCCACCAACGCUGACAAAGUGAAGGACUUUGGAAUCGACACGGCCAACAUGUUUGAGUUCUGGGAUUGGGUCGGAGGUCGUUACUCUCUGUGGUCCGCCAUCGGUCUGUCCAUCGCUCUGCAUGUGGGGUUCGAGAACUUUGAGCAGCUUCUGGAAGGAGCUCACUGGAUGGACAACCACUUCCGCAGCGCCCCUCUGGAUCAAAAUGUUCCGGUUCUGCUGGCGAUUCUGGGGCUCUGGUACGUGAACUUUUUCCAGGCUGAGACUCAUGCCAUGCUGCCGUAUGACCAGUACAUGCAUCGAUUUGCCGCCUACUUCCAGCAGGGGGACAUGGAGUCUAAUGGGAAGUCCAUCACCAGAGACGGCACCCGUGUGAACUACCACACUGGUCCGAUUGUUUGGGGAGAACCUGGAACCAAUGGGCAGCAUGCCUUCUACCAGCUCAUUCACCAAGGCACUCGGAUGAUUCCUGCAGAUUUUCUGAUUCCUGCUCAGUCUCAACAUCCAAUCAGAGACAACCUGCACCACAAGAUCCUCAUGGCAAACUUCCUGGCUCAGACGGAAGCUCUGAUGAAAGGGAAAACUGCAGAAGAAGCUCGAAAAGAGCUGGAGGCCAGCGGGAAGACGGGAGAGGCUCUGGAAAAGCUGCUGCCACACAAGGUUUUUGAAGGAAACAAGCCAAGCAACUCAGUUGUUUUCAGAAAGUUGACUCCGUUCAUACUGGGAGCUCUGAUUGCCAUGUAUGAGCACAAGAUCUUCGUCCAAGGAGUCAUGUGGAACAUCAACAGCUAUGAUCAGUGGGGGGUGGAACUCGGGAAGCAGCUUGCCAAGAAAAUCGAGCCGGAGCUGCAAGACUCGGCUGAGGUUUCAUCCCACGACUCGUCCACCAAUGGACUCAUCAACUUCCUGAAGAAGAACUUUGCCUAAGCUCUUUCUCCUUUCCGAUUGGCUGAAUGUUGUCUGCUCCGUGUGAACUAGCAUUUCCUGUAUGUCUUGAUAUUGUGUUGAUCAAAUAUGCACCUGUAGCUGUGACUUUCCACAAUAAAAGCCCUGUCUGUCCA